GAAGUAAAAAAUAAAAAUAAAAAGUUAACAGCUGUUUCUUCUUCAUAAUCUCUAAAAUUUUUUUCUCAAGAUAGGCGUUAGGCCGGCAGCUAACAGAGCUGCGAACCCUUUCAAUCUUUUUUAUUGUUUUCUGAAAAGAAGGGAAAGAGACCUCUUCAAGUUCUUUGAGAUCCGGGCAUUGCAUUCUCAGAUGGGAAAGAAAGGGAAAUGGUUGUCCUCUCUAAAGAAAGCCUUCUUCUCAGAGUCCAAGCGAAAGAAAAACCAGAAAUCAAAAGAACAAUUUUUGGAGAAGAAGGUGCAUUUCGAUCCCACUGGUUCUGAUGCAGCCAAGUUAUCCCCACUUCCUCAGCCUGAAGAGGUGAAAUUAAUUGAACCUGAAGUUGAGCAAAGCAAGCAGACUUACCCUGUGGCAGUUGCCAAUUCUCCUGCCGUUCCAGCUCAGGUUGCUCUACAGGCCAUUCGACAUCAACUUAAUACAGAUGCUAGGUUUGCCGGAAAAACUAAGGAGGAAGUGGCGGCAAUCAAAAUUCAAGCAGCUUUCCGAGCUUACCUUGCAAAAAGGGCAUUGCGUGCUUUAAGAGGACUGGCUAGGUUGAAAUCACUGAUGGAAGGGCCUGCCGCCAGACGGCAAGCAGCCGGUUCCCUUCGGUGCAUGCAAACUCUUUCUCGUAUGCAGUGUCAGAUUCAUGCUCGGAGAACCAGGAUGAUGGAAGAAAACCAGGCUCUUCAGAGGCAACUCUUGCAGAAACAUGCGAAAGAGAUUGUGAACUUGCAAAUGGGUGAAGAUUGGGAUGACACUGUGCGGUCAAAGGAACAAAUUGAGGCAAGCUUGUUGAGCAAACAUGAGGCUGCCAUGAGAAGAGAAAGGGCCAUGGCGUACUCAUUUACUCAUCAGCAAACCUGGAAGAAUGCUUCGAGAUCUAUGAAUCCAUUGUUCAUGGAUCCAAGCAAUCCCUCAUGGGGAUGGAGCUGGAUGGAACGGUGGAUGACAGCCCGGCCAUGGGAGGUUCGUGGUGGCAUGAGAGAUAAAGAACAUCUCGAUGACCAGUCAUCCCUAAAGAGUGCACGAAGCAACUUCGGUGGAGAAAUCAGCAAAGCUUAUGCUCGUUAUCAACUCAAUUUGGAUAAGCAAUCCACGAAGGCCAACCAAAAGCCAAGCCGAACUUCGAGCCUCCUAUCCCCUUCUACUCCUAAGUCAGCAUCCAUACCAGCCCGAAAGCUGAAGUCAGCAAGCCCGAGGAGUGGUGUGGCUGGUUUAGAUGAUGAAACAAGAAGCAUAGUCAGUAUGAAGUCUGACAGAAACCGGAGACACAGCAUCGCAGGCUCCUCAGUGCUUGAUAAUGAGAGCCUUGCCAACUCUCCAUCACUUCCAAGUUACAUGGUACCAACUAAGUCUGCAAGAGUUAAGACCAGUUUGCAGAGCCCCUUGGGACCAGAAGCAAAUGGAACACCUGAGAAGGAUCCAAUUGGAUCUGCUAAGAAACGGCUUUCUUAUCCGCCUUCACCGGCCAGGCUAAGGCGCCACUACUGUCUGCCAAAAGUGGACGGUAGCAUUAGCAAUACAAAAGUUGCAGUGGUGAAUGGAGGGGACGGUUUUUUCAAAUAAAAAAGAGAUGAAGUCCUGAUGCACGCUAAUCCAGAAGAAUCGGAAAAGAAGAGAGAAACUUUGUAUGUUUCAAAAGUUAGUUAACUAACGGGAUUGUCGUUGCACCCAAAACACCCCGUUUUCAUUAAAGUGUUGCACCGUUUUAUUAACUUUGCUAAAACUAAAACGCACCGUUCCAUCCA